CCGAGUUUAAAAAACGCGGCGGUGGGCGUGGCGGAUUAUUGGCGGCGGUUAAUAAAAUAAAUAAAUAACCUCCUCUGUACGAACGUUCGGACAACGUUGUGUGUGUCUUUGUAUAUUUCAAAAUAAAUACAUUAACAACAAUACUAACAACAUUAUUGCAGUCGGUUAGAGUUCUACAACGUGAAUUCAAGCGUGAAGGCAGUGGGCGGGCGGGGUUUUGUUUGAAAGUUUGCAUCGGGAAGGGAGCGGUUACCAACAUUUAGCGUUAACAGUUAUUUUUUUUUUAAACCUCUACCUGAGGAAGAGAAGAGAGUUCUGAGCAGGCUGCGGACGAGGUGGACGACGAGGAGGAGGAGUGGCGGCGGCGAUGUCAAAAGAGGAGGAGAAGGUGAUCCCGGUGCGCGUGGCGGUGAGGUGCCGCCCCAUGGUCCAGUGGGAGUCUGACGAAGGCUGCGUGCCCUGCGUCACCUUCGUGCCUGGCGAGCCACAGAUUGUGCUGAGCGGGGAGAAGGCCUUCACGUUCGAUUUCGUGUUCGACCCGGCGACCGAGCAGGAGGAGGUGUUCGGCAGCGCCGUGUCCCCGCUCAUCGAUGGAAUUUUCAAUGGCUACAACGCGACGGUGCUUGCGUACGGCCAGACGGGCUCGGGCAAGACGUUCACCAUGGGCGGCGCGUACAACGUGGACGCGGAGCCGCACGCCGCCGGCGUCAUCCCGCGGGCGGUGCACGCCCUCUUUCGGGGCGUGCAGUCGCGCGGAGCCGUGGAGUUCUCCAUCUCCGUCUCGUACCUGGAGAUUUACAGGGAGGACAUCAUCGACCUGCUGUGCGUGAGCAAGGAUCGACCCCCGCUGUCCGUCAGGGAGGACCCCAAGGAGGGCAUCAAGAUCUGUGGCCUGACGGAGCGAGUGGUGGCGUCUGUGGAGGACAUGGUGCGCUGCUUGGAGCAGGGCAACCUGGCACGCACCGUUGGCGCCACCGCCAUGAACGCUCAGUCCUCCCGCUCGCACGCCAUCUUCACCAUCGCCAUCGAGCAGCGCGGCAAGGAGGACAGGGAGAGCCACUGCCGCAGCAAGCUGCACCUGGUGGACCUAGCCGGCUCGGAGCGCGCCAAGCGCACCAAGGCGGAGGGCGACCGCCUGCGCGAGGGCAUCACCAUCAACCGUGGGCUGCUGGCGCUGGGCAACGUGAUCAGCGCGCUGGGCGAGGAGGGCGCGGGGCGGCGCAACCACCACCACGUGCCCUACCGCGACUCGCGGCUCACGCGCCUGCUUCAGGACUCUCUGGGAGGGAACAGCCUCACCCUCAUGGUGGCCUGUGUGAGCCCGGCCGACUCCAACCUGGAGGAGACGCUGAACACGUUGCGUUACGCUGACCGCGCGCGCAAGAUAAAGAACAAGCCGGUGGUGAACCGGGACCCCAGCACGGCCGAGCUGCAGAUGCUGCGGAAACAGGUGCAACAGCUGCAGGUGCAGCUGUUGCAGGCACGGGGCGGAGGGAUCGCCACGAUGCAGGGCGGCAGCGAGGGGCAGUCCACCAGCGUGCAGUCGGUGCUGGAGCGCAACCGCAGCCUGCACGAGGCCAAUCAGCAGCUGACCAAGGAGCUACAGGUGGCCGUGGAUCACACGGCGCACCUGUGUGAGAAGGUCAUCCUGACGGAGAUGGAGCGUGAGAAGUUAUUGACGCGCUUCGCCGAGCUGAAGGAUCACAAAGCGUGAGUCGGCCGUUCUGCGGGCAGCCCGCGCGUGAACUAUGGCCAGGUCCCUGCACCAACUCAACACGUAGCCGCGUAUCGACGUGUUGAGUCUCCGGGCAGUGUUGAGUCUCGGCGGUGUGUGGCGGUGUCGUCUAUCGUGGUGCACAAUCGUGUCGUGUAACAAUAGUGUAGUGGAUAGUGUAGUGUAUGAUAGUGUUGUGUAUCUUAGUGUAGUAUAUAAUA